GAAUUCGUUCGUACUCUGUCUCUCUGUCUCUUCUCUGCAACGCAAUCAUAUGAAAUGAAAAUGAAAAUCAUAAUAAUUCACGUUAUUGUCGCGCACACACUUUUUUGAAUCACACUCUAACACUACAUUACAUUUCAUUUAUUCAACCAAACCAAACUAUAUAUAUAUUAUCAAUUUCAUUUCAUCCUUUAAACUGAAAAAACUUGGAGGAAUAAUACACAAAAUAGAAUCUCGAUUUUGAAUUAGGGUUUUUGAGAGGUAAGAAAAUGAAGUUGAAUGGUGAAGAAGAAGAAGAGAAAGUAGUGGUUGGUUACGCCUUAACAUCAAAGAAGAAGAAAAGCUUUCUAAAACCAAACUUUAUUGCCCUUGCAAGGAAUAAGGGGAUUUUUUUUGUUGCUAUUGAUCUAAACAAGCCUAUGUUAGAACAAGGUCCAUUUGAUGUUGUCUUGCAUAAGUUGCCAGGAAAAGAGUGGCGUGAGAUUAUCGAGGAUUACAGGCAUAAACAUCCCGAAGUAACCAUCCUUGACCCUCCAGAUGCAAUUCAGCACUUGCUCAAUCGACAAUCCAUGCUACAAAAUGUGGCAGAGCUAAACUUAUCUGACUGCCAUGGGAAGGUUGGUGUUCCACAACAGUUGGUUAUCACUAAAAACGCAUCUGCAUCUACUAUCCCCUAUGAAGUCACUAAGGCUGGAAUGAAGUUACCAUUAGUUGCAAAACCAUUAGUUGUGGAUGGGAGUGCUAAGUCACAUGAAUUGUGCAUUGCUUAUGAUGAACUGUCACUUUUGAAGCUUGAACCGCCACUUGUUCUUCAAGAGUUUGUCAAUCAUGGUGGUCUUCUCUUUAAGAUUUAUAUUGUUGGCGAAACUAUAAAGGUUGUGAGGCGUUUCUCUCUACCUAAUGUCGGCAAACAUGAAUUACUUGACGUUGAUGGUUUAUUCCGAUUUCCAAGAGUUUCAUGUGCAGCAGCUUCUGCAGAUGAAGCUGAUUUGGAUCCAAAUAUUGCGGAACAUCCACCAAAACCUUUAUUGGAGAGGCUUGCAAGGGACCUCCGUCGUAGACUGGGACUCCACUUGUUCAACAUUGAUAUGAUACGGGAACAUGGGACAAAGGAUGUGUUUUAUGUCAUUGAUAUCAAUUACUUUCCAGGGUAUGGAAAAAUGCCAGAGUAUGAACAAAUAUUUAUAGAUUUCCUACUUAGCCUUGUGAAGAAUAAAGUGUAAGAAGAAGGAUGGUACUUAAACUAAGGGAAGUGUAUAGAUUGAUCCAUCCAGCAUUCUAUCCUUGGCUUAGCAGUGGUUACUUUCUUGAUAAUCAGUAACAUGUUAAUUCCAACAAAAAAAAAUAAAAAAUGGUAAUGUAACUGAAGCAUCUUGAAAAUGUGUUAAAUGGGUUCUCCCUUUCUCGCCCACUGAUCAAAAUGCCUUUGUUGCAACUUGUAAGUUAUAUGUUUAUCAACAUUAGUGGACAACUUUCAUUGCUGCUAAAUAAUUAUGUGCUUGUUAAUUCUUCUCGUUUGUUCAA